GGUUCAGCAAGAAGGGAGAUUUCCCACCUUGCAGGACCCAGGAAACUGGAUACUUAGUGUCACUUAAAUGUUUUAACAGCAUUGGAAAAUGGGAGCUGCUACUAAGUUGGCGUUCGCUGUUUUUCUUAUCUCUUGUUCUUCAGGUGCCAUACUUGGCAGAUCAGAAACACAAGAGUGUAUCUACUACAACGCUAAUUGGGAAAAAGAUAAAACAAAUCGCAGCGGUAUUGAACCGUGUUAUGGUGAUAAAGAUAAAAGACGACACUGUUUUGCUACAUGGAAGAAUAUUUCUGGAUCAAUUGAAAUUGUGAAGCAGGGUUGCUGGCUAGAUGACAUCAAUUGUUAUGACAGGAAUGAUUGCAUAGAGAAGAAAGACAGCCCUGAAGUAUUUUUCUGUUGUUGUGAAGGCAACAUGUGUAAUGAACGCUUCUUCUAUUUUCCAGAAAUGGAGGUCACACAACCAACUUCCAAUCCUGUUACACCUAAGCCACCUCUGUUCAAUACCUUGCUUUAUUCAUUGGUGCCUAUAAUGGGAAUUGCAGUGAUUGUGCUCUUUUCAUUUUGGAUGUAUAGACAUCACAAGCUGGCAUAUCCUCCAGUACUCGUUCCAACCCAAGAUCCUGGACCACCACCACCUUCACCAUUGAUGGGUUUGAAGCCAUUGCAGUUACUAGAGAUCAAAGCUAGGGGAAGAUUUGGUUGCGUAUGGAAAGCUCAACUACUAAAUGAGUAUGUUGCGGUCAAAAUAUUCCCUAUUCAGGACAAACAGUCAUGGCAGAAUGAAUAUGAAAUUUACAGUUUACCUGGGAUGAAGCAUGACAAUAUUUUGCAGUUCAUUGGCGCAGAGAAGCGAGGCACUAGCAUUGAUGUUGAUCUCUGGUUAAUUACAGCAUUUCAUGAGAAGGGUUCAUUAACAGACUUUCUCAAGGCUAACGUGGUUUCUUGGAACGAGCUCUGUCACAUAGCUCAAACUAUGGCUAGAGGCUUGGCUUACCUUCAUGAGGAUAUACCAGGGCUAAAAGAUGGACAUAAGCCUGCCAUCUCACAUAGGGACAUCAAAAGCAAGAAUGUGCUGCUGAAAAAUAAUCUUACAGCUUGUAUUGCUGAUUUUGGUCUAGCUUUAAAGUUUGAGGCUGGAAAGUCUGCAGGGGAUACACAUGGACAGGUUGGUACACGAAGGUAUAUGGCUCCUGAGGUACUCGAAGGUGCUAUAAACUUCCAAAGGGAUGCAUUUUUGAGAAUAGAUAUGUAUGCCAUGGGAUUAGUCCUCUGGGAACUGGCAUCACGCUGUACCGCCUCAGAUGGCCCAGUAGAUGAGUACAUGUUGCCAUUUGAAGAAGAAAUUGGCCAGCAUCCCUCCCUCGAAGACAUGCAGGAAGUUGUAGUUCAUAAAAAGAAGAGACCUGUUUUAAGAGAAUGCUGGCAAAAACAUGCUGGAAUGGCAAUGCUUUGUGAAACCAUAGAGGAAUGCUGGGAUCAUGAUGCGGAAGCCAGGUUGUCAGCGGGCUGUGUAGAAGAACGGAUUAUUCAGAUGCAAAAAUUAACUAACAUUAUAACAACAGAGGAUAUUGUGACUGUGGUCACGAUGGUGACAAACGUUGACUUUCCUCCCAAAGAAUCCAGUCUAUGAUAGAUAGUUGCACUGGUCAUGGAACUGACCACUGGACUCUUCACUGGAGCUGCUAAAGCUAAGGGGACUGCUCGCAUCAUUACUGAUUGCUGCGUGAGAAGAAUGGUAAGUCUCUCUGGAACAGCAUUAAGAGGUGUUUUUCCUUUAUUUUCUCCUUCCUCCUCCCAAACAUGGAUCCCUGAGACUUUCUGCAUUCCCUGCAUACACCUGAAGGACAUGUGACUGAGAAAUGGUGACGUGCGGUUAAGGAACAUGAAGAAUACAGACCUGUUCUGGCUAAUCAAGCAUUUUAAAAACUGACGCCCAAUUUCUUAAUCCCUGUCAGAAGAGACUAAUUCCUUAAAUGAACUACUGUUAUUUUUUUUAAAUCAAACAUUU